AUGUCGUCCAAAGCUUCUGCCGCUGCUAUUGUUGCCGCCGCUGCCUCCUCCUCUGUAUGGUGGAAAGUAGGCGCUGUGUCCGGUGCUGCCGCGGUUGCAUUCGGUGCGUUCGGUGCGCACGCUCUUCAAUCUCGCGUCCACGACCCAAAGCGUAUCAAGACGUGGGAAACUGCCGCACAUUACCAGUUGGUGCACUCGGUGGCUCUCCUUGCUGCCCCGUUCGCGCGUCGCCCGAAUGUCGUGGGUGGACUCCUCACGGCCGGGGUUGUACUCUUUUCGGGAAGUUUGUAUACCCUAGUGUUGACUGACCAACCUAAGUUCGGAAUGAUCACGCCCGUGGGCGGCCUUGCGUUUGUCGCGGGAUGGCUUGCCUUUUUGCUCUAA